AUGCAGUGGCCCCACGGCCCCACCAUCACAACUAACGCAAAAAUAAUGGGCAGUUUUUUUGGCGCCAUGAUUCUUAUAAAUGUCAGCUUCUUGUCUGAGUUUGGAUUAAAUUCAAAUCAAGAUUUAGCAAUAAGUUUUUGAGAAAAUGGCUUCAGAUUCUGAAAUUAUCCCUCUUUUGACCCCUUACCAAAUGGGUAAAUUCGAUCUUUCUCACAGGGUUGUUUUAGCCCCAUUAACCAGACAGAGGUCAUACGGAAAUGUUCCUCAACCACAUGCAAUUUUAUAUUAUUCUCAGCGGACUACAAAUGGAGGUUUGCUCAUAUCUGAAGCAACUGGAGUUUCUGACACUGCUCAAGGGUACACAGAUACACCUGGUAUAUGGACAAAAGAGCAGGUUCAAGCAUGGAAACCUAUUGUUGAUGCUGUGCAUGCAAAAGGCGGUAUAUUUUUCUGUCAGCUUUGGCAUGUUGGACGGGUUUCAAAUGAGGGAUUCCAGCCGAAUGGCCAAGCUCCAAUAUCUUGCACCGAUAAACCAAUAACACCACAAAUUCGGGCCAACGGUAUAGAUACUGCAGAGUUCUCAACCCCAAGACGGCUAACAACAGAAGAGGUGCCUUCAGUUGUGAAUGAUUUCAGACUUGCUGCGAGGAAUGCCAUAGAAGCUGGGUUUGAUGGUAUUGAAAUCCAUGGUGCUAAUGGCUACCUUAUAGACCAGUUUAUGAAAGACCAAGUAAAUGACCGAACAGAUGAUUAUGGUGGAUCUCUAGAGAAACGUUGUAGAUUCGGUCUAGAAAUAGCUGAAGCAGUUUCCAAAGAGAUAGGUGCAGAUAGAGUUGGGUUUAGAAUGUCUCCCUUUGCAGAUUAUAUGGAAGCAAAAGAUUCAAAUCCAGAAGGUCUAGGGCUAUAUAUGGCAAAAUCACUGAGCAAGUGUGGGAUUCUGUAUUGUCAUGUUAUUGAACCAAGGAUGAUAACUAGGAGGAUAACUGUGGAAGAGAUAAAGGAAUGUCCUCAUAGUUUAUUGCCCAUGAAGAAGGCUUUUAAUGGUACUUUCAUUUCUGCUGGAGGUUAUGACAGGGAAGAUGGAAAUAAGGCGGUUGAAAAGAAUUGCACUCAUCUUGUAACUUAUGGUCGAUUGUUUCUGGCUAAUCCAGAUUUGCCCAGAAGAUUUCAGCUUAAUGCACCUUUGAAUAAGUAUGACAGGGAUACAUUUUACACUUCUGACCCUGUUGUUGGCUACACUGAUUAUCCAUUCAUUGAAGAUGCAAUCUAAACUUUACAAUUAUGCAAUUCUUCGGUCAAUUUGUGACUGCUAUAAGCACAUGUUUCAUGUUUGUGCAAUUAUUUGCUUCCUUUUAUGUUUCUUGUUCGAUGAUAUAAAUGUCCGUUUUUAAUCA